ACCUCCCUCAUGUCUACAAGUUAAUUCUCAGACCAGUCUCAAUGUUGUUGAUGAAUUUAGACAUAUUUGAAGGAUUUCCACCGAGUGGGAUUUGAUUGUUUUCUUAGAUUAACUGCUGGGAUUCCUGCUGCAGACACAGAUCUGUCUACUGACAAAGUUUCAGUCAGUUCUGAUGACAAUGUGGAGCAGCAGCUCUGUCACUUUGGUCUGUGUUGGGCAUGUUUUAUUCCUCGUCGGUCUUUGCCAGGGAGGAUGUCGUGAUGCUGGGCUGUGCUGCAAAGGUCGGGAUCCAUCAUGCAUCAGUAAAGGAUGGAGAUCUGAUCGAUCAUAUGGCACCUGCUACUGUGACCAAGCCUGCGUCUCCACCCUGGACUGCUGCCAUGAUUAUGAGACAGCCUGCCCAGCGGUGUCUUGUGUGGUCAGUGAGUGGACACAGUGGUCAGGCUGUGCUCAGCCAUGCCGGGCCACGGUACGAAGGCGGAGCAGAACAAUUCUGCAGGAACCUGUGAAUGCAGGUAAACCCUGUCCACAUCUGGAGGAGCAAGCCGGCUGUGCAGAGUACUGGACCGAAAAAGGACACUGUCACAACUCACUUGUGCCAGCACUUAUUACCACCAGUGGCUAUGGCAACGCCAGGAAGAAAAGAAACCUCCCUGAGAGCAAUGAUGUGAUAGGGUACUGUGUCCAGUUUCAGCUGACCUCUUUGACUAAAGAGUGCCAGCAGAGCGUGGGCCCACACACCCGGUGGAUGCAGUACCUGAGGGAGGGGCACCAUGUGUGUGUUGAAUGCCAGCCGCCUGCUCUUGCUGCUGGGCAGAAACACUGCACUGGAGAUGGAGACAAGAACUAUGACAACAGUGAGGACAGAAGACAGUCUCUCCAGUGGCAGGCGGUGGGAAACCCUCGAUGCAGGGGUGUAUGGAGGCGUGUGGAGAGACUGGAGUCCUGCUCCUGCCCAACAGCCCACAGCUUCCUCUUCAUCUGACCUCCUCCUUCCUCCUUUUAGCCCUAUGUACAUAUUUACUUAAACACAUGUGUAAAGAUGGCCUUGCCUUUAUUUCAUAAUGACACAGUAGAGAAGAGACAAGAAACAGCACAAAGAAGGGGAUAGGCAUGCAGUAAAGGUCUUGGAGCCAGGAAUUACACUGCAGUGGCCAGAUUCACUUCAGUUAAACCUAUCUGAGGACUUCAUUGUGGUCAGAAGAGCUGGGCGAUAUGGACAAGAAAAAUCAUGUUUUGUUAUAUUUUGGUUGAAUUGUGAUCUACAGUAUGUAUGUCAGCAUUUUCAAGGCUUACAAGGUGCACCAAAAACACUUUAUCAGUAUGAAUGUUGACGGACGUGACAAAUCAAUAUGUAUCUUAAAUAAUUUACAGACCACAUUAGUUCAAAGCAAGUGCUUUUGACACACAAAUACAACUAUAAGUUAAGAACAUGAUGCAGAUGUUAAAUGUCUAAUUGUUCUGGAAAUGUAUGUGGAUUUUUAAAAACAAUUGUUUGCCAAAUGUUGUAUUUACAUUAAUAGUUGUUCCUUUUAGUCUGAAUGAGUGUUGGCUUAAAAAAAAAAACAUGACAGUUUGUACUUGAUGUUUGUGAUAUAGUCACACUCCUCAGAACAUGAUUAUAUUCAAUAUAUCGCCCACCCCUACUGUUAAUUGUUGUACUUUUGAUCAUAUCGACAUCAUUUUAGCUGUUACUCCAGUUAAGUGUAGCUCAUGGCGUAUAUGCCACCCUUUCAUGCAUAUGGCUGAAUGUGUGCCAGCAAAAACUCCGAUUUUUCAGUCAGAAAAGAAUAACCUUCUAUACUUUAUAUCACUCAUAAAUAAUACAUAUCCCUGUCUCUUUGUGUUAAACUUAUGGUAAUUGCAAAAUAAAAGUCAGCAGUUCCUAAUCAAAAUGUAAAGUGAUUUGAUUUAUUUCAUUUUGAGUCAUUCAAGGGAAAUGUUGCUUUUCUUAAGAAAUAGAAAUAUCUUGGGACAUUGAGACACUUUUUUACAUGACAAGUACUGGCUCUGUGUGAAUCACAACCAGUCACAACGCCAAAGUUACAACAUGCACUGAACAAUAAAACAUUAAUACAGAAACAACAGCAUAGAAAGUCAACAGGUAAAAAUGUUUUUGUUUUUUUUUCUUACAAAACAGACAGCCUCGGGACCUACAAACAACAUUGUAUAAGAGCUGGCUAUGGUCGUUCAAAUAUCUUUUUUCUAUUCCCUGGAAACAGUAUACUUUACAAAGACUGAUGGCUUAGGCAAGGUUGGGGUCAAUUCCACUGAGAGCUUAAAACGUAGAAAAAAUAUAGUGUAUUUUAAAAUUUGUACUAGUUUUAAUGUGUUAUGGUCUAACAUUGGCUCCCUUAAGUGUUGAGUGUAAUGUCUGUUUUACUCCGUCAAGGCAUCCUGAAUCGACCCCAACCCCGUAAUACAGUGUUAAAUUCAGUGUGUCUUGCUAAAUCUGUGGUUCUCACAGGGUUUUGGAAACUACCUCGGGUCCUUGAAAGGGUUCUAUGUGAUUCUGACAAUGAUGUAAAAAA